UGCCCUUCCUCCCAUCCUCCUCCUCCUCCUCCGGACCAUGGCCUCGGAUCUCAGAGUCCCGGGGGCCCACGCUUUUGGAGAUUUACCCCCGGGUUAUACCCUCUCUCCACCGGCUGCCACCUCGGAUUUGCCCCGGAGACCCGGUUACUGUCACGCCGCUUUCGCACUGAAACACAUUUCGAAGGGGAAAGCUGUGGGCCACAGGGCUCCCUUGUGGAUUCGGGCCCGAUUCCAGGCUCUGCUGUUCUCCCUGGGCUGUCAGAUCCAGCGGCACUGUGGGAAGGUCCUCUUCAUUGGGCUCCUGGUGUUCGGAGCCUUGUCGGUCGGACUGCGGGUGGCAGCCAUCGAGACCGACAUCGAGCAGCUGUGGGUGGAAGCUGGUAGCCGAGUAAGUCGCGAGCUGCGGUACACCAAGGAGAAGCAAGGGGAAGAGGCUGUUUUCACCUCGCAGAUGCUCAUCCAGACUUCCAAGGAGAAAGGCACUAACAUCCUUUCCCAAGAGGCCUUGCUACAGCACCUGGAGGCUGCUCUGGCUGCCAGCAAGGUCCAGGUGUCGCUCUAUGGAAAGUCGUGGGAUCUUAACAAAAUAUGUUAUAAAUCAGGAGUUCCAAUCAUCGAGAAUGUUAUGAUUGAAAGGAUGAUUGACAAGCUUUUCCCAUGCAUGAUUGUGACACCACUAGACUGCUUCUGGGAGGGUGCAAAGCUUCAAGGAGGCUCCGCCUACUUACCAGGGAUGCCGGAUAUCCAGUGGAUGAACCUGGACCCGCUGACCCUGAUGGAGGAGCUGAGCCAGUUUGCCUCACUGGAGGGUUUCCGCGAGAUGCUUGAGAAGGCCCAGGUGGGCCACGCUUACAUGAACCGGCCCUGUCUGGACCCGAAUGACCCAGAGUGCCCUCAGAGUGCGCCUAACAAAGACCUGCUUGAGAGUCCCAACAUCGCCCAAGAGCUGAAGGGGGGCUGCCACGGUUUCUCUAAGAAGUUCAUGCACUGGCAAGAGGAGCUGAUCUUGGGUGGGAGGGUUAAGAACUCCCAGGAUGCAUUACUGAGUGCCGAGGCUCUGCAGACCAUGUACCUCCUCAUGAGCCCGAAGCAGCUGUACCAGCACUUUAAAGACGACUACGAGAUCCAUGACAUCAACUGGAAUGAGGAAAAGGCCACCGCCAUCCUGGAGUCGUGGCAGAGAGCGUUGGUGGAGGCGGUCCACAAGAGCGUUCCUCCAAACUCCUCGCAGAGCAUCCAUGCCUUUUCCACCACAAGCCUCAACGACAUCAUGAAGUCAUUCUCAGACGUCAGCGUCAUCAGAGUAGCGGGCGGAUACCUUCUCAUGUUGGCAUAUGCCUGUGUAACCAUGCUGCGGUGGGAUUGUGCCAAGUCCCAGGGGGCCGUGGGCCUGGCAGGCGUCCUGCUGGUGGCGCUUUCUGUGGCUGCUGGCCUGGGCUUGUGUUCACUGCUAGGCAUCUCUUUCAACGCAGCCACCACUCAGGUGCUUCCUUUCCUUGCCUUGGGGAUCGGGGUGGACGACAUGUUCCUGCUGGCCCACUCCUUCACAGAAACUGGCUCCAACAUCCCUUUCAAGGAGAGGACGGGUGACUGCCUAAGGCGCACCGGCACCAGUGUGGCCCUCACCUCCAUGAACAACAUGGUCGCCUUUUUCAUGGCUGCGCUUGUGCCGAUCCCCGCCCUGCGUGCGUUCUCACUUCAGGCUGCCAUCGUUGUGGUGUUCAACUUUGCCAUGGUGCUGCUUAUCUUUCCUGCCAUCCUGAGCUUAGACCUCCACCGGCGCCAAGACAAGAGGCUGGACAUAUUGUGCUGUUUCUACAGCCCCUGCUCGUCACGAGUGAUCCAGAUCCAACCGCAGGAGUUCUCUGACGCCAACGACAACCAAAGCUACGCACCUCCAUCACCUUCCUAUGGUGGUCCCACCAUCACCACCAGUACCCAAAUCACAACCACAGUGCAGGCCUUCACCCAAUGUGAUGCGGCUGGCCAGCACAUUGUCACCAUCCUGCCACCCACCUCCCAGAUCUCUACAAGCCCACCAGCCGUGCUGGUGGCCCCGGCUACUCCCCCUGCCACCGCCUCCCAUGAGGCUUAUGACUCCCAGCUGUUCACACCCUCAAGUUCCACACGGGACCUCCUGGCCCAGGUGGACGAGCCCAAAGAGGGCCGCGAAUGUGUACCGCUUCCCUUUUUCCGGUGGAGCCUAUCGGACUUUGCCCGUGACAAGUAUGCUCCGCUGCUGCUCAAACCUGAAGCAAAGGCUGUGGUAGUCGUCCUUUUCGUGGCCCUGCUGGGGCUGAGCCUCUAUGGCACCACUAUGGUCCAUGACGGCCUAUACCUGACGGACAUCGUGCCUCGUGACACCAAGGAGUAUGACUUCAUUUCUGCACAGUUUGAGUAUUUUUCCUUCUACAACAUGUACCUGGUCACCAUGGGUGGGUUUGACUAUGCCCGCUCCCAGCGCCAGCUACUGCAGCUACACAAUGCCUUCAACUCUAUUAAGUACGUGGUCCGGAACGACGAUCAGCAACUGCCUCGGAUGUGGCUGCACUACUUCCAAGACUGGCUAAGAGGACUUCAAGCUGCAUUUGAUGCUGACUGGGCGGCCGGCCGGAUCACCUGGGACAGCUACCGCAAUGGCACUGAAGACGGUGUGCUAGCCUACAAGCUCCUCAUCCAAACAGGAGCUAAAAAGGAUCCCUUUGACUACAACCAGCUGACCACCAGGCGCCUCAUGGAUGAGGAGGGACUGAUCAACCCCGAAGUCUUCUACAUCUAUCUGACGGUGUGGGUGAGCAACGAUCCUCUGGGCUACGCCGCCUCGCAGGCUAACUUCUACCCACACCCCCAUGAGUGGAUCCAUGACAAAUACGAUGCAACAGGAGAGAAUCUGCGCAUCCCUGCUGCUGAGCCCCUGGAAUUUGCCCAGUUCCCUUUCUACCUGAAUGGCCUGCGCCAGACGUCAGACUUCAUCGAGGCCAUCGAGAGUGUCCGCGCCAUCUGCGAAGAGUUCUCUCGCAAGGGCAUCCUGAAUUACCCCAGCGGCUACCCUUUCCUAUUCUGGGAGCAGUACAUCGGACUGCGGCAUUGGUUUCUACUGGCUGUCAGUGUGGUGCUGGCCUGCACCUUCUUGGUGUGCGCGGUCAUCCUGCUCAACCCCUGGACCGCCGGCAUCAUUGUUUUCAUCUUGGCCAUGAUGACAGUGGAGCUGUUUGGGAUCAUGGGCUUGAUCGGCGUUAAGCUGAGCGCCAUCCCCGUGGUCAUCCUCAUCGCCUCGGUGGGAAUUGGUGUGGAGUUCACCGUCCAUGUGGCGCUGGGCUUCCUAACGGCCAUCGGAAGCAGGAAUCGGCGGUCGGCGGUAGCUCUGGAGCACAUGUUUGCCCCAGUCAUGGAUGGCGCCAUCUCCACACUGCUGGGCGUGCUCAUGCUGGCUGGCUCCGAGUUUGACUUCAUAAUGAGGUAUUUCUUUGCCGUGCUCACCAUCUUAACCAUCCUGGGGAUCUUGAAUGGCCUGGUGCUACUGCCCGUGCUACUGUCCCUCAUGGGCCCGCCGGCCGAGGUCGCAUCAGCAGACAACCGCAGCCACCUGCCCACGCUGUCGUCGGAGGGUCCGCCACCCCCGGUGAGCCACCAUGGCUACUACGCUGGACGGCCCCCGGCGGCCCCACCGCACCACGCCUUCUCCGAGCCCUCGGACUCCGAAUACUACUCCGAGACCAGCACAAGCACCUCGGGCAUGCAGGAUGACGAGUACAAGUACUGCAGCCGCGGGGCCUACAUCUCCCCCCCGACCCUCGCCCCGACAUCCCACAUCCUGCUGGAGGCCAGCAAGAACCCCAGCUUCCCCAAGCUCACGGUGGUAAAACCGUACAGCGAAAGCCUGGAUUCUAACACCUGGAAGGAGCACCUCAACGGGCCGGUCCAGUCCACCGUCACCUCGGUCAGCUCCCAGAUCGCCAGACAGGACAGCAAAGAGGACUGCGUGAAGGACCAGGGAGCCAGGAGGCAACAUUUGCCCAGCGACAGACCCCAGGGCCCAGGCAGGACUAAAGGCUGUGGCCCUCGGCCUCAGCAUAGCGGUAGGCCGCAUCCUAACCGGACUACAGUGCCCAUCUACAAGGCAGGAGGGGUGCGGCCGCCCAGCAACGCUGUCACUAUGGUUACUGCCACCGCCUCCGUGACGGUUGCCGUCCACCCGAGCUUGCCGGGGGCUUACAGCGGGUAUAUGCACGAGGGGUUCGAAGACGGCGAAUCGGACUGCUUCGAGGGCACGCGGGAAAUGGCGCAGGCGUGUCAGAAAGCUACCGAACCCUCCCUGGGCGACACCUUGCAGCUCCAAGACUUGGAAUAUGAAGCAAAGAACCAGCAUGAAGCUACAAACAGGCACUAGGUGGCCCACGGAACGCAGCAGCCGGGGAGCCGUGGACAGUCUCGUCUGGAACCCAUCUCCGGCUGCCCUCCUGGACUUUUUAACC